GACAUAACUGUGCGCAAGUUAAUCAAUAGUCCCAAUGAACUGGAACUAACCAAACAACAAACAGUGAACACAAACCUGACCGCCGCCGCCGCCGGGAACUGCCGCCGACACUGUCGACAACCGUUAAUAAUAUUCAUACAUUCGGCAGCAGUGGCCAGUGGCCUGGAUUAUGAUAGGCGCCAAACCAUACGGCAUACAUGGAUGGCUGAGGCCAAACAAUUGGGUGUUUGCACGUAUUUUGUAUUGGGUAUGAGCCGGCAAUUGAUGGUCAAUAGGCAAUUGACUACCGAAACCGACCGAUACCGUGAUAUACUACAGUUUCAAUUUGUGGACAACUAUUUUAAUGGUACACUUAAGACCAUUUCAUUGAUCAGAUGGACAAAUAAAUGGUGUCCGCCGACAGUCAGACAACAUGUAUUGAAAGUUGAUGACCAAACUGUUAUCAAUGUUAGACUAUUGUUAGAUAAUUUACAUCAAUUUAAACAAGGUAUUAAUGGAUACUUAGAGUCAAAGUCGAGGAUCAGUCGCGACCCAAACCAUCGUCGGCGACACUAUCAGACCGAUGAUUACCUGAUGAAUGGCGACUAUAAUUAUCCCAAUUAUACAACAGGUGGAGGAUAUCUGAUGAAAGACUGUACGGAUAGACUGGAACACCAGUUAGACAUAUAUACCGGUCCUGUAGUCGAUCGCGAAGAUCUGUUUAUAACCGGUAUAUUAGCCCAAACGGCUGGCAUCGGCCGAUUUGAUAGUCCACUAAUUCAUUGGACAUCCGACCAAUGUUCCGAUGUUUGUGUCUACUAUGGCUAUCCAAUUAUCAAAUACAAAAUGUAA